GCCUGUGUUUAUAUCCGUUUCGUUUUACCACGUUUCGACGGACCACCGGGAGGUCUCGCGAGUGACGUGCCGAGCCGUGUACAUGCCCGUCUACGCCACCCGUGAAACAGGUCGUCGAUUCGCGUGACAAUAGUGAACUGUGCGCGAUCGUGGAGUAUCGACGUGACAUACCGUGCUUUGUGUUAGUCUCUCUUUCCCGUUUCUUCUCCCUUCCGUAAACUAGUGCCGUUUACGCUUCUUUGCCGUCGUUCACCCUUUAUCUACAGCCUUGUGUUGUCUGACGUGCCACCAGGAUUUAAUUGUCGUCAAACGGAAUGCCAGUUCGUAAGCAAGGUGGUGAGUGUGACCAGUUCGUGGGGUGCAACAAGGUGGAAAUCAUCACAGAUUUUGCGCCACGUACCGCACGAAAACACGCAGAGGCUCACAGAGCUCUAGAGCUCCUCGAGGAUUAUCACGCGAAGCUGACGAGGCCUCAGGACAAGCAGCUACGAUUGGCCAUCGAGCGUGUCAUCCGUAUCUUCAAAAGCAGGCUCUUCCAGGCGUUAUUGGAUAUCCAGGAAUUUUACGAGCUGACGUUGCUCGAUGAGUCGAAAUCGGUGCAGCAGAAAACGGCGGAGACGAUCCGCAUCGCCGACAAAUGGGAAGCCAGCGAUGGGCCAAUUACGCCGACCUUCGCUCAAAAUGACGGUGGUCCAGACUUCCCGGUGAACCAGACUCUGUCGAACAUUUAUGGCCGUAAGUCGGCCAGUCCAGAGGCUCCAGACCACGUAGACGAAACUCAGAAGACCCGUUACGCUGGUGGAGGAGUAGAGGAGCAGCUGCCACCACCGCCGUCGCCACCCCAGUUGAAAGAGGCCAGCCAGCUGGAUGGAGUUCCUAGACCGAAUUCGGUCGAUCGUAUCCUACAUCCCGACGGUAGUCAGCAUAUCCUAACUAGCCACGAUACUCUGAACAAGAGUCACGACAGCUGGCAAGGACACGACGGAGACCAGGCACACACGCCCCUACUUGCGGCUGACACGAGACACGUGAACGGAGACGAUGACUGGGAGUACGAGGAGAUCGUGCUCGAAAGGGGUGGCGCCGGGCUUGGUUUCAGCAUCGCUGGGGGCACGGACAAUCCACACUUCGGCAACGACACUGCCAUUUACAUCACGAAACUUAUACCCGGCGGUGCAGCGUCCGCUGACGGCCGUUUACGCGUCAACGACACGAUACUCCAGGUGAACGACGUUUCCGUAGUCGACGUACCACACGCGGCUGCCGUCGACGCGCUCAAACGGGCAGGGAACACCGUUAAACUAUACGUACGCCGACGGAGACACACGCAGCUGAUCGAAAUCGAGCUAAUUAAGGGUAACAAGGGACUCGGUUUCAGUAUCGCCGGUGGUAUCGGCAAUCAGCAUAUACCUGGCGACAAUGGGAUCUACGUAACGAAAAUUAUGGAGGGCGGUGCCGCACAAGUGGAUGGCCGUCUUGUCGUUGGGGACAAAUUGGUGGCCGUCAGGAAUGCUCUGCAGGGCGACAAGAACCUGGAGAACGUGACGCACGAGGAAGCGGUGGCGACGCUCAAGGCGACCCAGGAUCGCGUGGUUCUUCUCGUGGCGAAACCGGAAACCGGAAUCGUGCCGCCGCCACCACCCCCAAUAGCCUCGGACAAUUCGCUCUCGCCGCAACCACGAAAACAAAAUGGUUCCGUGUCAGCGCUGGAGAACAACUCGACGCUGCCGUAUUCACAAGAAUCACGUCACGCGUCUUCUCUUGCUCUCCAUGGAGCGGCCACGCCACGAGCAGUUUCUCAGGAGGACGUAUCACGAGAGGUACGUACAGUCGUGCUCAACAAAGGUUCCUCCGGACUGGGUUUCAAUAUCGUCGGUGGCGAAGAUGGCGAGGGAAUUUUUAUUUCCUUCAUCCUAGCCGGAGGCCCGGCCGAUCUCAGCGGUGAGCUACGUCGUGGCGAUCAGAUACUCAGUGUCAAUGGCAUUAAUCUUCGGACAGCCACCCAUGAAGAGGCCGCCGCGGCCCUUAAGGGCACCGGGCAGACAGUGACGAUCGUGGUACAGUACAAGCCCGAAGACUACAACAGAUUCGAGGCAAAGAUCCAUGAUCUUAAACAGCAGAUCUCUCAACAGAAUUUGAUGACAGGCACCCUAAUGAGGACUUCGCAAAAGAAAUCUCUUUACGUUAGAGCGUUGUUCGACUACGAUCCUAACAAGGACGACGGCUUGCCGAGCCGUGGUUUGGCAUUCCGUUACGGUGAAAUCCUACACGUGACGAAUGCCAGCGACGACGAAUGGUGGCAAGCCAGAAGAGUGACUCCUCAGGGCGAGGAGGAGGGUCUCGGCAUAAUACCGUCGCGCAGACGAUGGGAACGGAAGCAACGCGCCAGAGAUCGUUCCGUCAAGUUCCAAGGCCACAUGCCGGUCAUCCUCGACAAGCAAUCGACUCUGGAUAGAAAAAAGAAGAAUUUCUCGUUCAGCAGGAAGUUCCCGUUCAUGAAGAGCAAGGACGAUAAAUCCGAGGACGGUUCGGACCAGGAACGGUCGCCCACGACACCCGAGAACGAAAACGAUCCUACACCAUUCAUGCUGUGCUACACCCAGGACGACACUAACACCGAAGGGAGUAGAGAAAUUUUAUAUCGCGUCGAACUGCCUUAUAUGGAGGAACUGACGUUAGUUUAUCUGGAAAAGGAGGACGAUGACAAUAAUGACGAGUUUAGCAGCGAAGAAAAUGUGCUGUCGUACGAGGCAGUCCAGCAGCUCACCAUACAGUACACACGACCUGUCAUUAUCCUCGGUCCUCUCAAGGAUCGCAUAAACGACGACCUCAUCUCGGAAUUCCCCGACAAAUUCGGCAGCUGUGUGCCACAUACAACGAGGAGUAGAAGAGAGUACGAAGUGGAUGGACGUGAUUAUCAUUUCGUCGCAUCUAGGGAACAGAUGGAGAGGGACAUUCAAAAUCAUUUGUUCAUAGAGGCCGGACAGUACAAUGACAAUCUUUAUGGCACAUCUGUGGCGUCCGUGCGAGAAGUCGCUGAAAAAGGAAAACACUGUAUUCUCGACGUGAGUGGAAACGCCAUCAAGAGGUUACAAGUGGCGCAGCUGUAUCCCAUCGCCAUCUUCAUUAAACCAAAAUCCGUGGAAUCAGUUAUGGAAAUGAACAAGAGGAUGACCGAAGAACAAGCGAAAAAAACAUAUGAACGAGCACUGAAAAUGGAGCAAGAGUUCGGAGAAUACUUUACUGCCGUGGUGCAAGGCGACACACCGGAGGAGAUAUACGUGAAGGUAAAGGAGGUGAUCGCCGAGCAAUCAGGCCCGAACAUUUGGGUACCGUGCAGAGACCAGCAACUGUGACGUCCUGCCCCCCACGCUCAGCCCGGUCCAAACGCUUGGACCCUACCUCCGAGGCGUCAAGCUUAAUUACUCUUAAUAAAAAUAACCGAGUAACUCUCUAAUGCCUUCCCCGUUCCCAUCCUGAACCCGUCCCACCUCACUUCAUCCCUAUUACACACCCAAUCGAGUAGCACAAUGUCCCAGUUAAGGCAUUAGCCGCGCACCAAGCUCGUCGAAAAGAAAAGACUUUGUAUCGUGUAAAACGCUGAAAGUAAUACGAGGAGGAAUAAUAUGUCUGCAAGCUUCACUGGGAGGCGAUUAUUAGAUUAAGGAGAGGAUUAAAGAAAGAAUAAUAAUAAUAAUAUUAAUAAUAAUAACGGAAUAUGUUUCGAAAAAGAAUAUUCAGAGUCUCUCCGCGAUCGUUCACGCCGUGACAAAAUGUUUCAUUGUUAAUCGAUAAAAUUAUUGUUGAUAAAACGAUAAAACGAUAAAAUGAUGGCGUGUUCUAUAAUUGUUAUCCGUUUCGAUGAGAGACAUCUGAAUAUUUAUGUUUUUAAGAAAGAUUGUUAGGCAGAGGAUACAUACAUACAUGUUAUAGCGUUAAUAUCAGAAGUAUUUCGUCGUAUCACGAUGUUUUCUCAUGGUUUCCAUGUGACGAGUGGAUUUGUUGAGUAAAAUGUGAAAAAAGCAUCGUCGUGUAUGCGUAUCUUUGCGUUGAAUUUUAUCAUUGUGUUGUAGAAUGUCAAGAACGAAUACACGAUAUUUCGAUUAUUGAAUUGAUUCUCCUUAUUGCGACGAAAAUAUUGAACACGUAGUCGUUUUAUAACACUAAACACUAAUCCUGGUUUUCGUUAUAAAAUCAAAAGAGCACAUGAUCGUGUAUUCGUAUCAGAAAUGAUUUUAAUGUAUUGACGACAACUCGACUCGGCACGACGAAGCCGACAUGUUGAAGAGUUUUACUGAAAGACUCGCGUCGUAGUUCUUCUUCGACUGAUCGCGAACUGCGAUGCGUAAUGUGUAUGUUACAUUGUAUGUAUACAGUUCACGGGAAAUUUGGAAACAUGAGAGAGAGAGAAAAAGAAAGACGAAUAACAAACGAAUGAUCGACACUCGGUUGAAGUCGAAAAAGGUGAAACGAAAAAGAAGAACGAGCGACAAAACGAAAAUAAAAUAAAGUAAAAUAAAAUAAAAAAGAUAAUAGAUGUUUAAGAUAGAUAUUCGUCGCGAUUGUUUGUAAGACGCGCACAGCACGUUAGACGCUUAUAAACAAAGAAUUUUUUCACGCGCAAAUCGCGACGAUUAAAUGACAAGACAAAGUACGAGAUACGCUGACAAAAUAAAGUAAACGGAAAUAAAAAAAAAAUCAAUAAAAAAUAAUACUUGGCUUCACCGAACAUAUUAAUACAUGUAUAGCUUGGUCCGGUUAAUUCUGAGCGAAGUAGCACGGUAUUUUUUAAUGUACUUAAUCGCAAUAAGAAGCGAACAAGAGACAGAGGGGGGAAUCGGGAAGAUUCGUUGUCUGACAAAGCGAAACUCGUACGUAAAAUGUACUAGCAGGACAAAUGAAAAGAUAAUAUAAAAGGAAACUAGAAAAGCGAGAAUUAAAAUUUUUUGUGAGAAAAAGAAAGAGAAACUAGAAAGAAAAAAACAAAAUAGAGAAAAAGAACAAAAUCCAGACGCAUGUUACGAACCUCACGAUUCAUCAAACCUCACAGGACAAAUCUCUAGAUGCUAGAAUAGCGGUAUAUAAUGUUUUGUACAGCUAGAUUACUAAGCCAGUACUGGGUUAUGUGCAACAUUAUAUAUAUAUAUACAUAUAAAUAUAUAUAUAUAUAUAAAUAGAGAACGCGCGCGAGAGAAAGGGAGAAACGAGAUCGCGAGAAAAAGAAUGAACGCUAUUGUAAUUUAAAUACCACUACUAAAUUAUUAUUACGAUAUAGUAGGUAUAUAUAUAUAUAUAUUAUUGUAAAUACCUAUACCCGAGAUAAUCGAGAUGGUAUAUGGUGGUAGCGUGAAACCAUGGACGAAGUUCGGUCGUAGUAUUUUCUUGAUCGUGUCGAGCCACAGAUAUAUGACGUAACGACGUUUGUAUUAAAUUCGAUGCAAGAAAACCGUUACUUUUGCAUUUCGCUUUCUACGAUUGGUCGAUGCCAAUCCAUAGAAAACUAAAUGUGUAUACAUGCGUGUGUAGUAAGGAAAACUGGACAGGUUUUAAGACAAUAUCGCAAAGAAUCGUGUAACAUCGUGAAAUACGUAUCACCUUGACGAUAAAUGUAAAACAGGUUUCACUCCACCCAGACCAACGAAAACGCCUUGUAUCGAACCACUUUCACAAAGGCGAUCGGAUAACGAAAAUAUCACGAGAAAACAAAUCAUUGAAUGGCAUCUUUUCGAUUACAUCAUGUCGUCGCGUUGAAUCGAUAGAUUUGGUAUAGACAAGAGAAUGCGAUAUAAUCGAGAUAAUUGCUCGUCGAUUACAUACAGUACUUAUACGAGUGAAUAGAAGAAAUCGUGGAAAAUAUAGAAAAGAGAAUCGUAUCAAGGGUUACGAGACAAUGAAACAAAGAAAGGUUAGAAAACGCGAGAAGAGUUUAUACGUACAACUGCGUAUCGUCGCAAUGGUUAUUAACCUACUAACCACUUGUUUCGGCAGUCAUCGAUCGUGCAGCGAUUAUCGAAUCGUUUCGCCAUCGUCGAUUGCUCGAUUUCCUUCGAUUUGACGAGUGGAAGGAUCCAUUUUUGCGUUCUUCGUUUCCUUUUUUCGUUUAUUCGUAGAAUGUGUCAAACGACAAAUAUUUACGACAUACCGAUUGAUCGGGUAUAAUAAUUAGCAUGGGUACGCUUUCUACGAGCUAUUUUUCCUACGAUAAAUCCUGUGUUUAAAAUCGUUAACGCAACAGUCGUCGCACGUAUUUACGAAAGAAAAAAUACGAAGAGUGAAUGAAUAUAUAAUGGAAUCGUAUUAUUGAUAGUUGAAGAAUGAAUCGAAUAACGAGAAAUCGUUGUCAUAUAAUAAUAUUAUCGCACAGGUUGUGCCUGAAGAGAAAAGGAGAUCGGAAAUGAGCUGGGAUUCGCCGAAAGUUAAAUCGAGAAAAUCUUGAAAAGAAGAUGAUGGAAAAAAGACGUCUGUCUCGAUGUAAAGGAACGUAUAAAGAGAAUAAUUACUACAGACACUUAUUAUACACCUCUAUAGUCUAUUUAAUAAUAUUACUUAUUGAAUUGUCAAUCUCAUGUUCACCUUGUUUCAUCGUUUUUAAAUAGUUAAUAAACGUUUUACCAAUUUUAAA